AUGCGCCUGGCUGCUGCCAUCUUGGCUGUCUUGCGCUCGGCACGCGCCGCCGCCGAUCAAAACGGCAAAUACUGGAUCUACGGCGAGGGCAUCGCGGCCGCCUUCAUUCCCUAUGGGGCAUCCAUCUCAGAUCUCAUCGUCAAUGACAAGUACGGUAUUCCGAGGGAUAUCAUCAUGGGAUUUGACAAUGCCACGUAUUAUUCCGUCGACCCGGUGCACCCGCAUCUCGGCGGCGUCCCCGGACGCUACGCCAACCGGAUCAAGAACAGCACGUUCACCAUCGAUGGCGACACGUACCGGGUGUCGGCAAACGACAACCCCACGGCUGACCACCCAUCUGGCCUGAACACCCUCCAUGGCGGCAAGGACGGCUGGGACUGGCGCGAUUUCGACGUUGUCGCGCACAACAAUCACAGCAUCACCUUCUCUAUCGUCGAUCCGGAUGGCAAGGAAGGGUUCCCAGGCGAGGUCAUCUCGUACAUCACGUACACGAUGGGCAACAUGACCUGGGACGCCAAGAUGGUGGCUAUCGCGACAACCAAAAAGACCCCCAUCAUGCUGACGAGCCACGCCUACUGGAAUCUGGACGGCUUCUCCAAUAACGAGACCAACUUGGUGCUCAACCACAGCCUGCAUAUGCCCUACAGCGGCCAGCGGGUGGCGGUCGACAACAUCCUCAUCCCCACGGGCAAGAUCGCUCCCAACGUCAAGGGCUCCGUCAACGAUUUCUGGAGCCGCCCCAAGCAGAUCGGCGCCAGCUUCAACAACUCCAAGAUCCACGGCAACUGCGGCUACAACUGCACCGGCUACGACAACUGCUGGCUGGUGAACCGGAAUUCCCCUUACAACUGGCGUGCCGACGGCGCCUACGUCGCCAGCGUAUCCUCGGCCUGGUCGGGCAUCCGCCUCGACAUCUACUCGGACCAGGCCGCCUUCCAGAUGUACUCGUGCAACUUCCAGAACGGCAGCUUCCCGCUCAAGACGUCGCAGGGCGUGGGGCGCGACGCCAGCCACGUGCUCGCCGGCGAGGCGGCUCCCGCCGACGACGAGGACAGCUCCUACGCGGGGCGGUUUCCGCGCACCGUGCCCAAGUAUGGGUGCCUCGUCCUGGAGGUGCAGGACUGGAUCGACGGGAUCAACCACCCCGAGUGGGGCAGGAUGGAGAAGCAGGUGUUUGGGCCGGGUUCGGACCCGUAUGUCUUGCAGGUUAGCCACAGGUUCACUGUGGGCUGA